UUAUUGUUAAGAUUAAAGCAUGGCUGGUGAGUGGCUAGUAAGCUCUGGUUAUGUCUCUAUUUUAUCAGCUUUAAUGGAAUUCCACUUUGAAUGUUUUUUUUUAAACAAGCCUCUGCAUGGAUAGACCUAACAGUUGUGGCAGGAUCAUACGGAACUCUGAAUUUGUCUUAAAGGAGUAAACCCUGUGCCUGUCAGAGAAGGAGACCACCAGACUGCAAAGAUGAAAGUGAAGUGGACAAAAUUAGGAAUGGUCUUCUUUCUGCUUCUCUCCUUUGUAAUGACGGGCUGUUUCAUUUGGCAAUACAGACUUCCCAAAGCAAAACCAGUGGAUAAAAGUUAUGCAAAAGAAGUGAAAGAGGAGAAGAUGUGCCCACGUUUCCCUGAGCCUGUGCCAUUGGAGCACCCGAUACCUGUCCUCAUGGAAGCUUUGGACAAGGUGGAUGCACUUUUGAGGACCAGCACUGAUGCCACAAAACUGCCAGCCAUCUCUGCCAUUGUAAUAUUUAAUGAUUCUGUAUUGUGGAAUGGUAACUUUGGCAGAAGGAAUGGAAGUGACCCCACAUCUCCCCCAAUAAAUGAGUACACAAUUUACAGGUGGGUUAUAAUGGCUUUGCGGCUCUGGGCAACUACUUUACUGUGGAAAGGCAACACUCAGGCUGCUGUGGAUUUAUUACAAGAUGAUGUUCUCGUGGCUGACCCUGGAACAAAAUGCCACUACAGCAACCUGGCCUUCUCCCUGCUGGCCCACGUGAUGGCGGAGAAGGUAGCGGGGAUGGAUUAUCAGCAAUGGGUGUCUGAAAAUAUCCUGCAGCCGCUGGGAAUGGAGGACACUGGAUUCGAAAUCACCUCUCAAAUAGAGAAACGAAUGGCGAUUGGUGUUUACUCAAGUGGGCAUCCCGCACCCCUCUAUGACCUUGGCUGGUAUAGACCAUCAGGGCAAAUGUACUCCACACCUGCAGACAUGGCCAAACUGGUGAUGAUGCUCCUGGGCGCAUACUACCACCCGGUUCUCCAACCUGACACCCUCAAAACCAUGUUAACUCCUCUGUUUCGCUGUGAAAAUAGCUACUUUGUUGAACAAACUGGCACACCGUGGGAGGUCAAUGAACAGUUGGGCUAUGACAUAAUCCGCAAAGAUGGAGAUCUGGAUGGUUAUUCGGCCUCAGUCUCCCUUGUUCCUCGCUUGAAGCUGGGGUUGGUCACCCUAAUGGCUGGAACCAAACCUGAAGAUGAGGAUCUGGUGGUUAAAGUCUACAGUUCACUCAUCCCUGCCAUGGAAAGUGCCUUCAGAGAUGCACCUCGUGUUCUCAUUCCUACUCCGGACCCUGUUCCCUACAUAGGUUACUUUACUUAUAGCAAUAUAACGUUCUAUGAGAUCAAUGCAGACGCAGAUGGAGUGCUGUCUCUGGAGCAGUUUGGACCUCAAGCAGACACAAUGGUUCCCAUGAAGUACAGAAUUUUGAAACUCAGUUAUCUGCAGGAUAGGGUGUUCAGGGUGGUGUUUGAGAAGGAGUACCCAUGUCAGCUCAAAGUUAACGCUGCUUCGGUGUCUCUUGAAUCUCAGGAUGGGCAGCUUUUUAACUUUUACAUCUUUAACAAAAAGGGGCUCUCACCAGGUUUUGAUGUCCCAGGGUUAAACACUUAUAAAGUCACACGGAUAAUUCGCAAACCGAUUUUCAGUGGUUGAAGAAAUCAUUUGAUCAUGCUUUUGAGUUAAUAAGCUAAAAGAUGCUCUUUAGGAUGAAAGUGUCAAAUUCUGAGGAACUUCAAACUAUGAUUGUGUACAUUUUAAUAAACUUUUGUCUCAAGAUGCUGAAUGUAUAUUUAGAAUACUUUUUCUUAUUUUUAUUUUGACCAUUUUAAAAAUGGUAAUAGUAUCUCCUGCUGUUGUUUUCCCUUUCUUCAGAGGAAUAUCUAUACACAAUUGACAACCGUCCAUUCAUUUAUGUGUGUUUCUAAGAAGCUUGAACUGUGUGUCUUAAUUAAAAGUAAAGUGUGUGCCUUCCCUAAGCAUUUGCACCUGUGCAUCAGUUUCCAAAGUACCCAAUUUUGUGUAACCCUGAUCAGCACAUUGCUGAGUUCAGCUAGAGGUAGUUAAAAGCAUAUUUCAUCUCUAAUACUAAUGUAUUUUUUUCUAAACAUUUUAUUUGUCUUUAAAUGCAAACCAGUGUAAAGGCCCAUUCACAUCAAGGAUGAUAACUAUAAUGAUAACUAUACGGUUUUAAGCAAUUUAAUUGUAUGAGAAAAGGGAAAUCCAUAACACAAAUAAAAUGAUAUUGACACAGAAACAAUAUCAUUGGAAUCACUUUCAGAACUA